AUGGAAUCAUUUACUAGUAACGAUAUUAACAACCAAGAGCAACACUCUUCAUUUGAAUUAGAUCAGUAUUAUGAUAUGGAUACAUCGAUUUCUUAUCUAUCUAUCCAACAUUCUGAUAAUCAUAAUUUAUCUGAAGAAAAUCAUCUUUUUUCAAAUCAGUCUAAGAAAAAGCAUCAUAGUGGAUCUAACCUAGAUCUAGUCUGGAAUUAUUUUUCUAUUGGAAAAUAUUUAGAUGAUAUGCACUAUGGUGUAAUUUGUAAAUAUUGUGAGGUUGUUAAAGUUGAAAAAAAUACUGAUAAAGAGUUAGAAUCUGAAAUGAAUUUGAUAUUAA